AUGGUGGGCGUCCUGCUCCUCCUACUCCUCCUCAUGCCGUUGUCGGCAUCGGCGACAGCGCAGCUCUGCGGUGCCGACGGCAACUACACGGUCAACAGCACCUACCAGUCCAACCUCGCCGUCCUCGCCGCCACACUUCCCAACAACACCUCUUCCUCGCCGCAGCUCUUUGCCACCGCCACCGCCGGCCAAGCACCCGACGCGGUGUACGCGCUUGCACUCUGCCGCGGUGACUUCACCAACACCACCGCGUGCCGAGACUGCGUCGUCGCCUCGUUCCAGCAUGCGCAGCAGUCCUGCCCCAACCACAAGGGCGCCAUCGUCUACUACGACUACGACCCCACCCAGCAACCAGGGUGCCUUCUAGGCUUCUCCAGCGAUGACGGCAUCCUAAGCUCAGCAUCCAGUCUGACCGGCAACGACACGCUUUUCCAGUACUGGAACCAGAACGGCAUCCCCGGCGAUCCCGGCGUCGUCGCCGCUGCCGUCCAGGACUUGCUGAAUGGGACGGCCCAGUACGCGGCAGCCGCCACGGAGAGGCGGUUCACCACAGCCUUCAUGGACUCCAUUGGCAGCACCAUCCCUACGCUCUACUCCCUGGCGCCGUGCACGCCCGACCUGUCCGCCGGCGACUGCAUGGCGUGCCUCCGGCGGAUAGUCGGCAUGGUCAACGCUACCACGUCCGUGCGCUUGGGAGGACGGAUUUUCGUCCUGCGCUGCAACAUCAGGUUCGAGGCGAAUCUGUUCUACGACGGCAAAUCCAUGCAGCGGAUUCUAUCUCCAUCGUCCAUCGCUCCAGCACCGGCUCAGAUGACAGGCAAAAGUAUGUGGAUCCAACCUUGGGUGAUUGUCAUAUCCAUAGCUGCUCCGGUAGCAGUAGUUGCUUUCUGCUUCAUCCUUUACUGUCGUCGGCUCAGAACAAGUUAUAGAAAAGGUAAAGUGGCGUUACGAGAAAAGGGGUCUACUCAUAAGUUGGAAGAAGGAGAUGAAUUAGUUCGGGAAAUGGAAGCAGAGUUUUCAGUUUUUGACUUUCUUCAGAUUUUGGAGGCUACAAGUAACUUUUCUGAAGAAAACAAACUUGGAGAAGGUGGAUUUGGCCCUGUGUAUAAGGGCUACUUACCUGACGGAACAGAGAUAGCAGUAAAGAGACUUGAUUCACAUUCGGGACAAGGAUUCAUAGAGUUCAAGAAUGAGGUUGAGCUGAUAGCAAAAUUUCAACACAGGAAUUUGGUUAAGCUGAUGGGAUGUUGCUCUCAAGAAGAGGAGAAAAUACUGGUCUAUGAAUACUUGCCAAACAAAAGCUUGGACUUCUUCAUCUUUGAUGAAAAUGGAAAGUCUUUACUGGAUUGGAACAAACGUAUUUCAGUAAUUGAAGGAAUAGCAGAAGGACUUCUUUACCUACAUAAGCACUCUCGACUGCGUGUCAUACAUCGAGAUCUUAAACCAAGCAACAUUCUACUGGAUAACGAAAUGAUUCCUAAAAUAUCAGAUUUUGGUCUAGCAAAAAUAUUCAGCUCAAAUAACACCGAUGGAAACACUACAAGAAGAGUUGUUGGUACAUAUGGCUACAUGGCUCCCGAGUAUGCUUCACAUGGCAUGUUCUCAAUCAAAUCUGAUGUCUUUAGCUUCGGUGUUUUGACCCUGGAGAUACUUUCCGGGAAAAGGAAUUCCGGUAGCCAUGAACAUGGAGAUUUCAUCAAUCUCCUUGGAUAUGCUUGGCAAUUAUUUGAAGAGGGAAAAUGGAUCGAGCUUGUGGAUGUGUCAUUGCUUCACAAGUGUCACUCGACCGACAUGAUGAGGUGCAUUAGUAUUGCCUUGUUGUGUGUACAGGAGAAUUCAGAUGAUCGACCAACCAUGUUGGAUGUAGUUGCAAUGCUAAGCAACAAGACUAUGAUACUACGUCAUCCUAACCAUCCAGCAUAUUUUAAUUUAAGAGUAGGAAAUGAGGAAGCAUCAACUUCUACUAAGUCUUGCAGUGUUAAUGACGUGACCAUGUCUGAAGUAAAUGGUAGGUAG